AUGGCGUCGAAGAAAAUGGAUUUGGAGACGGCUUUAUCCACCAACCCUUCAACCAAGAAAUCGAGGUCCUCUUCGCAAAACAAGGCCAGCUCCUCCAAAACCACCAAAGAUCGCCAUGCAAAGGUUGACGGCAGAGACAGACGCAUCAGGUUGCCACCUAUUUGUGCCGCUAGGAUUUUCCAGCUCACUCGGGAACUCGGGCUCAAGACCGACGGUGAGACCAUUGCUUGGCUCCUGCGUCAGGCCGAGCCAUCCAUCAUUGCUGCCACUGGAACCGGCAUCACCGUCACCCCGCCUGCUGUUUCCACCGCUCCUCCGGUUUCCAACCCCACCGGUUUAGUUCCUUUCCCUUCUGCUUUCCCUUUGCUUUCAUCGGAUUAUUCCCCUUCUUUGGACUUUUCUCAGCCAAAACUUGUCUCCGAUAAUCAAGAUAAGCUCAAGAACGUCUCCGGGGUUUCCAGGGCUGAAGCCGGUUUGCCACCUUUUGAGUUUGACAUGGUUUCAAAUUUUAAUUUGGAUUUUUCUGCUAAUGAGAUUGCAAUGCUCAACUCAGUUACAUCAACUCAUGACAAAGAAGGGAAAGCUUGA